CAGUACCGGCCGCCAUCAUUCGUAUUUUGAUUUUGUCCUCCGGCAUCUGCGCGCGCGUCUUGACUCAAUAUUUCAUUUAUUUUUAAUUUCAAAGUUUCGGAUACUAUUAAAGUAAUAGCAAUCAAGAUGAGCAACAACCAGUUUACGAAAGUUUACACUGAUGGAGCCUGUUCAUCAAAUGGCAGGAGUGGAGCACGUGCUGGUUACGGCGUCUACUGGGGACCUGAUCAUCCACUCAACGUGAGUUCCCCGGUCUCAGGAGGCCGGGCCACGAACAACACUGGCGAGAUCCAGGCCGCCACUCGAGCCAUGCAACAAGCAUACGAGAAUGGCAUUCCCAAGGUGGAGAUCAACACAGACUCAAAAUUCCUCAUUGACUCAGCUACAAAAUGGAUGCCAGGUUGGAAACAAAACGGCUGGAAGCUGGCAUCAGGGGAACCGGUGAAGAACGAAAGAGACUUCAGGGAGCUUGAUCGCGCCGCGCGCAACGUCGAGGUCAAAUGGAGACAUGUUCCAUCUCAUCAGGGAGUACAUGGAAACGAAAUGGCAGACAAACUUGCCAAGGCUGGGGCCUCCAAGUAUUAUUAAACUACUUAACAAAAUGUUCCAUUCUAUUGCUCCCCUAUGUCAGAUUUAUAAUGCAAAAUGGGAUGGGGAUAUGUUGAAUGAGACUCGUUUUUCUUUUAUUUUAUUUUGAGUUUUUUCUUCACUAUCGUUAUUUAGUGAGUUUUUGUCAUUACAUUAUUAGUUGUGUUUAUUAACUUUCCAAUUGAUUGAUCAAUGGAAAGUAGGUAUUGAUUUAAGAAGGAUACUUGUAAGGAAAGUAUUUUGAAAACGAUUGUUUAAGUUUGUUGAUUUGUUUUUUUUUUCAUGAUUGGUAGGUAGGUGUGCAAAUGAUUACUCAUUGAGAUGGGAAAGUUUGUGUAGAAUAGUUUUUUUUACUUUUAAUAAAAGUAUACUACUUAUGAAA